AGAAUACUGAAAAAGAUUAGAUCCUGCCUCUCUCACUCUACCAUCAUCACCUACUCCCCCUCAUCCUCUUUUGAGCGUAUACCUUUCUCCCCAUCCCUACUUUAUCAUCAUGUUCACAAUGCGAUCAUCAGCAGCUUUGGCUAUUGCAAUAGCUCUUUCCACUUUGGGUUCCACUUCAGCAAAGGCAGUGGAGAUGAACUUGCAAUCACGUCAACAACAACAACCAGGAACUCCUUUAUUCUUGGACGAACCAGCUUGUGGUUUCUAUCAAUGUGAUAUCACUUGGUACCCUGGUCAAAAUGUAACUGCACAUUGGUUAGACGCACCAGAAGGAAAUGUAAUUUUAGAUAUGAUGGCAGACGCAGGAGCAACAUUUGCAUAUAACGUAGCCACCGUUCCCGGUACAACAACAAAUUGCGAUAGCGAAGGUCAAAAGACAUGUGGACAAUUCUCUUGGAUCGUUCCAUCUGCAUGGGUCAAUGGCUCAACGUAUGGAAAUUAUUCUCUACGUGCAAGCUCGCAAUCUAAUCAAUCGGUUGAAAGUUACACGGAUAUCAUUUUGGUUAAACCAUCAAAUGGAACGAAAACAAACAUUCCAUUCAAGGCUUUGGAUCCCGUCGCAGCUGGCACUGGUAACUCUUCUUCCACCUCCUCUUCCUCUUCAUCUAGCACAACCUCUGGCUCACCCGCUUCAACCGGAGCAGGAUCAGGAUCAGGAACACAAUCUGGUCAAACUGGUUCCACAAGUGAAACACAUGCAGCUUCCAAACCCAAUUCAUCUGCAUCUUUUGCUAACGUCGGUCAACAAGCUGUUGUUGCUUUCACAGCAGCUUCUCUCUUUGCCGCUAUCGCUCUUACGCUCUGAUCUUUCCGAAAAAAGCAUUCUUCGAUCUCAAGUUUCCGUUCAUCAUCCAAAGCACACAAAUCAUUCAUUUAUAUAUCCAUUCAUUUAUUCAACUUCAUGCUCUGCAUAAUCUAAACACGGUUGCUC